UUACAAAAAUCAUUCUUUCAUUCAUUCUAGAUGAAAAUAAAGAAACAAGUUUAAGUUUGUUACCUACAAUUUCUCAAUUUGAAAUUAGAUAUACGUUUUAAAUUGACAGAAAUCAAUAUCACUGUGCUAAAGUGCUGAUUUCAAAGAAAGAUAAGAUAAAACAUACGAUGGUGAUGUCACGAGAAACAAGUCUACAAUAAACAUUCAAAACUAAUUUAAUUUGUUUUCACAACUUUUUGUUUUGAAAUAGAAUUCUUGUGAUUAACAACAAUAGAAUACAAGAUAAAUUGUAAUCGAUUUCGGAACUAACAACUAUCAAAGGGGAAAUCUUGAGAAAGUUUUUUAAAUUUAUGGGACAGAAGUUAACAUAAAUUCGGAAGACACACUUAACCUAGUUCACUCCUAUCGAGCCACACUACUACAUCGUGACAUUCUGUGGCAGUAUUAUAUGCUGAAACGUGAGUUGGGAACGCGAGAGUGGGAGCGGCAGGACAUGGUGCGAUGGCGUCGCGGCGCGUGACGCGCAAGUGGGAAGUGUUCGCGGGGCGAAACCGGUUCUGGUGCGACGGGCGGCUCAUGACUGCACCGCACCCCGGCGUCUUCCUGCUCACACUGGCGCUCAUCUGCGGCACGUGCGCGCUGCACUUCGCGUUCGACUGUCCCUUCCUGGCCGUGCGCGUGUCGGCCGCCGUGCCCGCCGUGGGCGCCGCGCUGUUCGUGCUGACGCUGGCGGCGCUGCUGCGGACCGCGCUGUCCGACCCGGGCAUCAUCCCGCGCGCGGCCACGGCCGAGGCGGCGGCCCUGGAGGCUGCCGAAGCGGGUCGGCCUCCGCCGCGCGCGCGGGAGGUGCUCGUGCGAGGCCGCCCCGUCAAGCUCAAGUACUGCUUCACCUGUAAGAUGUUCCGACCUCCGCGCGCGUCGCACUGCUCACUCUGCGACAACUGCGUGGACCGGUUCGACCAUCACUGUCCGUGGGUGGGGAACUGCGUGGGCAAGCGCAACUACCGGUCGUUCUACACGUUCGUGGUGUCGCUGUCGUUCCUGGCGGUGUUCGUGUUCGCGUGCGCCGUGACGCACCUGGCGCUGGCGGCGCGGGGCGCGGGCGUGGCGGCGGCGCUGCACGCGUCCCCCGCCUCGGCGCUGGUGGCCGCCGUGUGCUUCCUGUCCGUGUGGUCCGUGCUGGGGCUCGCCGGCUUCCACACGUACCUCGCCUCCACCGACCAGACCACCAACGAGGACAUUAAAGGUUCAUUUUCGAGUCGGCGCGGCGUGUCCAACCCGAACCCGUACUCGCGAGGUAACGCCUGCGCCAACUGCUGGUACGUGCUGUGCGGUCCGCUGGCGCCCAGCCUCAUCGACCGGUAAGCGGGGCUCCCCGCGGGGCGCGCUCGGGGCUGUCGGCGACGCCUAACGGCGGACGUUGGUUGCAGGCGC